GAAGGGAUAAAAUUUUUAAAGAAGAUUAAGUGCCUAUGAACUAAUGGUGAUUAAUAAGUGCUUAAAAAUCAUUAUGGCUUAUAAUGGAACCACUAUAACAAUAAUACAAUAACUCAUUCGAAUAUACGACUAGGAAUAGGAAUUUCAGCAAAGAUAAAUCCUUUUUGCAUAUUAUUUAAAAGGAAAGCAUCUAACAGAACAUGUUAUCAUUUCUAUUUUCGUAUAUGUGUGUGCAAGUCAUCACAUCUACAGACACGUUACCAGUAAUGUAAUAAGCCAACCUCACCUGAAAACAGAUGUCAAACGGAAAUAUCGUAAAGCCGGCAUGAAAACAUCUAGGUCGCCCUUUUGGGAUGGAGAGAUGCUUCUUUCCGUUAUGAAACCUUUGCAGGUUUUAUUUUUAACUCAAUAAUCCCCUUUCAGUGCCACAUUUCAAUAAAAGCAUGCUUCCAAGCUUGGCCAGUUUGUUUCCUUCAAGGGUAAGGCUAAGUUGUUGAUACUUUGCACUGUAUCUCUUCAUUAGAUUAUUCAUUUGCUAUUUUGUUAUUACUUACCGCUUUUGUCCCCUAAUGUUUUCUCUAUCGCGUAUUGGAAGGAAUGCGAGUGUGAACUCAUUUCCAAUCCUAUUAGAGCAAUUCAUAUAUACCAGAAUACACCUAAACCAAACAUUACCGAGUAAAAAAAAAGGAAAGAACUGAUGGAGAUUAGAUCCACUCAAGUUGAGAGGGAGGAGGGGUCUUCAAAAACGGUUCGAAACGUGGGAACGGCGAAUUAUCCGGGAGACUUCCGUCCGCAGUUUUGGAUUUCCGCGCCGGACCAUCGCACGGUCGAUCGACAGGCAGCCUUUCGCGGCGGACGCCGGCACCUCGCGAAAGGCGGGGGCAAAUCCUCGACUUCGGCGGAGAAGUCAGCCCUCGCGUUGGCGUCUUCUCCUCCUUCUCCCCCUCCUCCGGCGAGUUUGCCGCAUUAUCAGCUUAUUAUCGUCGCCGCGAACGCCGCGGCGGUGGUGCCCGAGGCCUUCCAAACCCCCAUCCCGCCCGAUCCAUCGUCGGUAGCAAACCCCACGGAGAAAUUGGUGGAAACCACCCCUGAUUGCGAGCGAAACGCGACGGAAACGGAAGAAAAACACGGUGUAAGUGGGGGGAUGAAGACGUUGGAAUCAUCCCCUCCCGUUCUUUUUAGCGUUCCGGUGUAUAUCUGGAGGGACUCCACGCUGCGGGAGAUGUUGGAAACGGUGCUGGCGAGGAGCGCCGCGGCAAGGCGGGUGCUCCUGCCUGGAAAUCCCAAACGACCACGCGAGGGUGUCGCGUAUGGAGGGAUGCAAACAAGGGAAAAGAUUCCCGCCGAGCUUCCACAGGUGGCUCGCGUUCUACGCGUCUCCCCUGGGGUUGUAGAUCGUCAGCCAAAGAUCGCCCCUAUUGGUAGCCUGAAACUUCGGAAACCGCACUUUACCUCGACGGAUUAUAUUACCUUACAGGCGUUGUUAGGCCCACCGGCUGGGAACUUCCGGCUGGGGGAUUUGCUUGUUUUCGUGCCGGCGAUGGAGAACAUAAGCGCAUCCAUACCGCCGCUUCAUCCUCAUCCAAAUCGAAGAAACCCUUCGCAACGAACGAAAAGGAGAAAUGGGUUUAACAGCAACGCCUCACGGACGCGCCCGCAGCCCAGGUGA